CCAUCCAGACAUCCACACUGCCUUACAUGCUAUUAUAGGCUACAUUUCACAUGAAACUCAAGAGAGACAACAUUAUGGAGGUGAAAGGUAACCCCUCCACUAGCUCACCGACCACCACAACCACCAUGCCCGUCGCUCAUCAGCGGGCUGAACCUUCUCAGUUCCCCGGGACCAGAGCCCUGUGCCUCGGCUCCUCCAAGGUCCUGCUGGCAUACAAAAACGCGACCCAGCACCUCAAAAUGGCCACGUCUCAGUGGAAGCACCAGGAAAAGAAGGGGAGGGUGGUGCGGUCCCCAAGCACAGCUAGCUGGCUUCCACCUCCAUCCGACGGCCACUCCUGCAAGAGGUCCCCACUGGACCAGCUCUCUGCUCUGGUUCUCCAGGGUCAAAUCCGGCUCCGUCAGCUCGGCGAGGACGACCCGAGGUUCGGCCAGGACUCUCGGCAGGACCCGCUGAGCUCCACCAAGCCGCAGAACUGCAGGCGCAUCGUGGUUCUGGGUGCGCCCCGGGUGGGCAAGACUUCAAUCCUGCGGCGGUACCUCUGGGACGGCUUCGCGGAGGAGUACCAACCGACCUCUGAGGAUUUCCUCCGGAAAAUGUUCCACAUCCGCGGGGAGACGUAUCAGAUCGACGUGCUGGACGCCUCAGGAGAGAGGAGCUUCCCGGCGAAACGCAGGCUCUCCAUACUAACGGGUGACAUAUUCCUUCUGGUCUUCACCCUGGACGACCGGAGCUCUUUCGAGGAGGUGUGUGCCCUGCGCGCUGAGAUCCUCACGGCCAAGACCAAGCUCCUGAAGCCCACCGGGCCGGGCCAGAGCGCACGGGUCCCCACGGUGGUCUGCGCUAACAAGGUGGACCUGUCCCCAGCGGAGAGAAAACUUUCCCGGGCAGAGGUGCUCCGAGCACUCGGUGAGGACUGCGCCUACUUCGAGACCUCAGCCAAAGACCGCACUAAUCUAGAGGAGGUAUUCGAGGCUCUGGCUAAACGGGGCGGGUUGCCAACUGAAACUGGUCCGUCGCAGCACCGUAAAGUCUCGAUUCGGUCGUACCAGGCGCUGAAGGAGGGCAGAGUGGCCGGGAGAGGGAGCCCGGCGCCCAGUGGUGAGGCUCCGUGUGGGGCGCUGUAUCCGCUGGCUCGACGGCCGAGUUUCAGCACUGAUCUCCGGCAAGUCCUCGGCCCCAACUCCGCACGGAAGCCGGGCAAGCCGCUGGAGAAGUGUCAGAUUCAGUGAAGGAAGCCAAAGACAGACAGGACUGGUUUAUAACGGUAUCUGGAGCGAGGAAAAAUAAUAAUGUUUGAUUUCCACAAAAUGCAUUCUGCUAAAUGUAGAUAUGACUGUGAAUAGUAUCUGCACCAGGGACUUGAACACUAU